GCUGAUGUGCAGAAGCAGCUGAGACGGCUCACCAUGACGACCACAGUGGCCACAGACUACGACAACAUUGAAAUCCAGCAGCAGUACAGCGACGUCAACAACCGCUGGGAUGUGGACGACUGGGACAACGAGAACAGCUCAGCCAGGCUCUUUGAGAGGUCCCGCAUCAAGGCGCUCGCAGAUGAACGUGAAGCAGUGCAGAAGAAGACCUUCACCAAGUGGGUCAACUCCCACCUGGCCCGUGUGUCCUGCCGGAUCACGGACCUGUACACGGACCUGCGCGAUGGCCGGAUGCUCAUCAAGCUGCUGGAGGUCCUCUCUGGAGAGAGACUGCCCAAGCCCACCAAGGGCCGGAUGCGCAUCCACUGUCUGGAGAAUGUGGACAAGGCCCUGCAGUUCCUGAAGGAGCAGAGAGUGCACCUGGAGAACAUGGGGUCCCACGACAUCGUGGACGGGAACCACCGGCUGACCCUCGGCCUCAUCUGGACCAUCAUCCUGCGCUUCCAGAUCCAGGAUAUCAGCGUGGAGACUGAAGACAACAAAGAGAAGAAAUCCGCCAAGGACGCGUUGCUGUUGUGGUGCCAGAUGAAGACAGCUGGGUACCCCAAUGUCAACAUUCACAAUUUCACCACCAGCUGGAGGGACGGCAUGGCCUUCAAUGCACUGAUCCACAAACACAGACCUGACCUGAUCGACUUCGACAAACUGAAGAAGUCCAAUGCGCACUACAACCUGCAGAACGCCUUCAACCUGGCGGAGCAGCACCUCGGCCUCACCAAGCUGCUGGAUCCCGAAGACAUCAGCGUGGAUCAUCCCGAUGAGAAGUCUAUCAUCACUUACGUGGUCACGUACUAUCACUACUUUUCCAAGAUGAAGGCCUUGGCCGUUGAAGGGAAGCGAAUAGGAAAGGUGCUUGACAAUGCAAUCGAAACCGAGAAGAUGAUUGAGAAGUACGAGUCCCUCGCCUCCGACCUGCUCGAGUGGAUCGAACAAACCAUCAUUAUCUUGAACAAUCGCAAAUUUGCCAAUUCCCUGGUCGGGGUUCAGCAGCAGCUCCAGGCGUUCAACACCUACCGCACUGUGGAAAAACCACCCAAAUUUACCGAGAAGGGGAACUUGGAAGUGUUGCUCUUCACCAUUCAGAGCAAGAUGAGGGCCAACAACCAGAAGGUCUAUAUGCCCCGGGAGGGGAAGCUCAUCUCCGACAUAAACAAGGCCUGGGAGCGACUGGAAAAGGCGGAACACGAGCGAGAACUGGCCCUGCGGAACGAGCUCAUCAGACAGGAGAAACUGGAACAGCUCGCCCGCAGAUUUGACCGCAAGGCAGCUAUGAGGGAGACCUGGCUGAGUGAGAACCAGCGCCUGGUGUCCCAGGACAACUUUGGGUUCGACCUUCCCGCCGUCGAGGCCGCCACCAAGAAGCACGAGGCCAUCGAGACAGACAUCGCGGCGUACGAGGAGCGCGUGCAGGCAGUGGUGGCCGUGGCCAGGGAGCUGGAGGCGGAGAACUACCAUGACAUCAAGCGCGUGACGGCGAGGAAGGACAACGUGCUGCGGCUCUGGGAGUACCUGCUGGAGCUGCUGCGGGCACGGCGGCAGCGCCUGGAGAUGAACCUGGGCCUGCAGAAGAUAUUCCAGGAGAUGCUCUACAUUAUGGACUGGAUGGACGAGAUGAAGGUGCUACUACUGUCUCAAGACUACGGCAAACACUUGCUGGGCGUGGAAGACCUGCUGCAGAAGCAUGCCCUGGUGGAAGCGGACAUUGGAAUCCAGGCUGAGCGGGUGAGGGGCGUCAACGCCUCAGCACAGAAGUUCGCAACCGAUGGAGAAGGUUACAAGCCCUGCGACCCGCAGGUGAUCCGGGACCGCGUGGCACACAUGGACUUCUGCUACCAGGAGCUCUGCCAGCUGGCGGCCGAGCGCCGGGCCCGCCUGGAGGAGUCGCGGCGCCUCUGGAAGUUCUUCUGGGAGAUGGCCGAGGAGGAGGGCUGGAUCCGGGAGAAGGAGAAGAUCCUUUCCUCCGACGACUACGGCAAGGACCUGACCAGCGUCAUGCGCCUGCUCAGCAAGCACCGGGCCUUCGAGGACGAGAUGAGCGGCCGCAGCGGCCACUUCGAGCAGGCCAUCAAGGAGGGCGAGGACAUGAUCGCCGAGGAGCACUUCGGCUCGGAGAAGAUCCGCGAGCGCAUCGCCGACAUCCGCGAGCAAUGGGCCAGCCUGGCGCAGCUGUCGGCCGUGCGCAAGAAGCGGCUGGAGGAGGCGUCGCUGCUGCACCAGUUCCAGGCGGACGCCGACGACAUCGACGCCUGGAUGCUGGACAUCCUCAAGAUCGUGUCCAGCAACGACGUGGGCCACGACGAGUACUCGACGCAGUCGCUGGUCAGGAAGCACAAGGACGUGGCGGAGGAGAUCGCCAACUACCGGCCCACCAUCGACUCGCUGCACGAGCAGGCGGGCGCCCUGCCGCAGGAGCACGCCGAGUCCCCCGAGGUGCGCGGCCGCCUGGCCGGCGUGGAGGAGCGCUACCGGGAGGUGGCCGAGCUGACGCGCCUGCGCAAGCAGGCCCUGCAGGACACGCUGGCGCUCUACAAGAUGUUCAGCGAGGCCGACGCCUGCGAGCUCUGGAUCGACGAGAAGGAGCAGUGGCUCAACAACAUGCAGAUCCCCGAGAAGCUGGAGGACCUGGAGGUGAUCCAGCACAGGUUCGAGAGCCUCGAGCCAGAAAUGAACAACCAGGCCUCGCGGGUGGCGGUGGUGAACCAGAUCGCACGGCAGCUCAUGCACAGCGGCCACCCGAGCGAGAAGGAGAUCAAAGCCCAGCAGGACAAGCUCAACACCAGGUGGAGUCAGUUCCGAGAGCUGGUUGACCGGAAGAAGGACGCGCUGCUCUCGGCCCUUAGCAUCCAGAACUACCACCUCGAGUGCAACGAGACCAAAUCCUGGAUCCGCGAGAAGACCAAGGUGAUCGAGUCCACCCAGGACCUGGGCAAUGACCUGGCCGGUGUGAUGGCCCUGCAGCGCAAGCUGACCGGCAUGGAGCGCGACCUGGUGGCCAUCGAGGCCAAGCUGAGCGACCUGCAGAAGGAGGCGGAGAAGCUGGAGUCGGAGCACCCGGACCAGGCGCAGGCCAUCUUGUCCCGGCUGGCCGAGAUCAGCGACGUGUGGGAGGAGAUGAAGACCACCCUCAAGAACCGCGAGGCCUCCCUGGGAGAGGCCAGCAAGCUGCAGCAGUUCCUGCGGGACCUGGACGACUUCCAGUCCUGGCUGUCUAGGACCCAGACGGCCAUCGCCUCGGAGGACAUGCCCAACACGCUGGCCGAGGCGGAGAAGCUGCUGACGCAGCACGAGAACAUCAAGAACGAGAUCGACAACUACGAGGAGGACUACCAGAAGAUGAGGGACAUGGGCGAGAUGGUCACCCAGGGCCAGACCGACGCGCAGUACAUGUUCCUGCGGCAGCGGCUGCAGGCGCUGGACACCGGCUGGAACGAGCUGCACAAGAUGUGGGAGAACCGGCAGAACCUGCUGUCGCAGUCGCACGCCUACCAGCUGUUCCUCAGGGACACGAAGCAGGCCGAGGCGUUCCUCAACAACCAGGAGUAUGUUUUGGCCCACACGGAGAUGCCCACCACUCUGGAGGGAGCGGAAGCGGCCAUCAAGAAGCAGGAGGACUUCAUGACCACCAUGGAUGCCAAUGAGGAGAAGAUCAACGCUGUGGUGGACACCGGCCGGAGGCUGGUGAGCGACGGGAACAUCAACUCGGACCGCAUCCAGGAGAAGGUGGACUCGAUCGAUGACAGACACAGGAAGAAUCGUGAGGCUGCCAGUGAACUUCUGAUGCGGCUGAAAGACAACCGGGAUCUCCAGAAAUUCCUGCAAGACUGCCAGGAGCUGUCUCUCUGGAUCAAUGAGAAGAUGCUCACGGCCCAGGACAUGUCUUACGAUGAAGCCAGGAACCUGCACAGUAAGUGGCUGAAACACCAGGCGUUCAUGGCUGAGCUCGCCUCCAACAAAGAAUGGCUGGACAAAAUUGAGAAGGAAGGGAUGCAGCUCAUCUCCGAGAAGCCCGAGACGGAGGCCGUGGUCAAAGAGAAGCUCACCGGCCUGCACAAGAUGUGGGAAGUCCUGGAGUCCACCACCCAGACCAAAGCCCAGCGGCUCUUUGACGCCAACAAGGCCGAGCUCUUCACCCAGAGCUGUGCGGAUCUGGACAAGUGGCUGCUGGGCCUGGAGAGCCAGAUUCAGUCCGAUGAUUAUGGCAAAGACCUCACCAGCGUCAACAUCCUGCUGAAGAAGCAGCAGAUGCUGGAGAACCAGAUGGAAGUGCGGAAGAAGGAGAUCGAGGAGCUGCAGAGCCAGGCGCAGGCCCUGAGCCAGGAGGGCAAGAGCACGGACGAGGUGGACAGCAAACGUCUCACGGUGCAGACCAAGUUCAUGGAGCUGCUGGAGCCCUUGAACGAAAGGAAGCACAACCUGCUGGCCUCCAAGGAGAUCCACCAGUUCAACCGGGACGUGGAGGACGAGAUUCUAUGGGUUGGAGAGAGGAUGCCUUUGGCCACUUCCACGGAUCACGGUCACAACCUCCAGACUGUCCAGCUGUUAAUAAAGAAGAACCAGACCCUCCAGAAGGAGAUCCAGGGCCACCAGCCCCGCAUCGACGACAUCUUCGAGAGGAGCCAGAGCAUCGUGGGCGACAGCAGCAGCCUCAGCGCCGAGGCCAUCAGGCAGAGGCUGGCUGACCUGAAGCAGCUCUGGGGUCAGCUCAUUGAGGAGACGGAGAAGCGCCACCGGCGGCUGGAGGAGUCGCACAAGGCCCAGCAGUACUACUUCGACGCGGCCGAGGCCGAGGCCUGGAUGAGCGAACAGGAGCUGUACAUGAUGUCUNNNNUGUCCCCACAGGAUGAGCAGAGUGCCGUGUCCAUGCUGAAGAAGCACCAGACCCUGGAGCAGGCCGUGGAGGACUACGCCGAGACAGUGCACCAGCUCUCCAAGACCAGCCGGGCGCUGGUGGCCGACAGCCACCCCGAGAGCGAGCGGAUCAGCAUGCGGCAGUCCAAGGUGGACAAGCUGUACGCCGGCCUGAAAGACCUGGCGGAGGAGCGGAGAGGCAAGCUGGACGAGAGGCACCGGCUCUUCCAGCUCAACCGGGAGGUGGACGACCUGGAGCAGUGGAUCGCCGAGCGGGAGGUGGUGGCCGGCUCGCACGAGCUGGGCCAGGACUACGAGCACGUCACGAUGCUGCAGGAACGCUUCCGGGAAUUUGCUCGUGACACCGGGAACAUCGGGCAGGAGCGCGUGGACACGGUCAACCACAUGGCCGACGAGCUCAUCAACUCCGGCCACUCGGAUGCCGCCACCAUCGCCGAGUGGAAGGACGGCCUGAACGAAGCCUGGGCCGACCUCCUGGAGCUCAUCGACACCAGGACCCAGAUUCUUGCCGCCUCCUACGAACUGCACAAGUUUUACCACGAUGCCAAGGAGAUCUUCGGACGCAUCCAGGACAAGCACAAGAAGCUCCCCGAGGAGCUGGGGCGCGACCAGAACACGGUGGAGGCCUUGCAGCGCAUGCACACCACCUUCGAGCACGACAUCCAGGCCCUGGGCACUCAGGUAAGGCAGCUGCAGGAGGACGCUGCCCGGCUGCAGGCCGCCUACGCCGGCGACAAGGCCGACGACAUCCAGAAACGGGAGAACGAGGUCCUGGAGGCCUGGAAGGCGCUGCUGGAUGCUUGUGAGGGCCGCAGGGUGCGGCUGGUGGACACGGGGGACAAGUUCCGCUUCUUCAGCAUGGUGCGUGACCUCAUGUUGUGGAUGGAGGACGUCAUCCGGCAGAUCGAGGCUCAGGAGAAGCCACGGGACGUGUCGUCUGUUGAACUAUUAAUGAAUAACCAUCAAGGUAUCAAAGCUGAGAUCGAUGCUCGGAAUGACAGUUUCACGACCUGCAUUGAGCUUGGGAAAUCCCUGUUGGCGAGGAAACACUACGCAUCAGAGGAGAUCAAGGAAAGGUUACUGCAGUUGACGGAAAAGAGAAAAGAAAUGAUUGACAAGUGGGAAGACCGAUGGGAGUGGUUGAGACUGAUUUUGGAGGUCCAUCAGUUCUCCAGGGACGCCAGCGUCGCCGAGGCCUGGCUGCUGGGGCAGGAGCCCUACCUGUCAAGCCGAGAGAUCGGCCAGAGCGUGGACGAGGUGGAGAAGCUCAUCAAGCGUCACGAGGCCUUUGAAAAGUCAGCAGCCACCUGGGACGAGAGGUUCUCCGCCUUGGAAAGGUUGACGACAUUGGAGCUACUGGAAGUGCGCAGACAGCAGGAGGAAGAGGAAAGGAAGAGGCGGCCGCCUUCCCCGGAGCCGAGCACGAAGGUGUCAGAGGAGGCCGAGUCCCAGCAGUGGGACACCUCCAAAGGAGAGCAAGUUUCCCAGAACGGUUUGCCGGCCGAGCAAGGAUCUCCACGGAUGGCCGACACGGCGGACACGGGCGAGAUGGUCAAUGGCGCUGCCGAGCAGAGAACGAGUUCCAAGGAGGCCAGCCCCAUCCCCUCCCCGACGUCCAACCGCAAGGCCAAGACCGGUCUCCCGGCGCAGAGCUCGGCCACACUGCCCGCCAGGACCCAGGAGACGCCGCUGGCACAGACGGAAGGCUUCCUGAACAGAAAGCACGAGUGGGAGGCCCACAACAAGAAGGCCUCGAGCAGGUCGUGGCACAACGUUUACUGCGUCAUAAAUAACCAAGAGAUGGGUUUCUACAAAGAUGCAAAGACAGCGGCUUCUGGGAUCCCUUACCACAGCGAGGUCCCCGUGAGCUUGAAGGAAGCCGUCUGUGAAGUGGCUGUUGAUUACAAAAAGAAGAAACACGUCUUCAAGCUCAGACUAAACGAUGGCAAUGAGUACCUCUUCCAAGCCAAAGACGACGAGGAAAUGAACACGUGGAUCCAGGCCAUCUCGUCCGCCAUCUCCUCCGACAAACACGAGGUGUCAGCCAGCACCCAGAGCACGCCAGCGUCCAGCCGGGCCCAGACCUUACCGACCAGCGUUGUCACCAUCACCAGCGACUCCAGCCCCGGCAAGCGAGAGAAGGACAAAGAGAAAGACAAAGAGAAGCGCUUCAGCCUUUUUGGCAAAAAGAAGUGA